UGUCUUCCCAACUGAUUUCAAUAUUCAUAUAUGUCUUAAUUACCAAGACUAGCUAUAUAUCUCCAAAACAUCUUCUGGGAGGAGAAGAAAAAACACGAAUCACUGGCCAAAUUACCAGUGAUUCGUGUUCUUUAAGGUGAGAACAAGUACAAAACAAUUGAGCAACAUGACGACGGCGUUCACGAAUCACAAGUUGUCGGUUCCCCUCAUCCUCGGCGUCCUAUCACUUGUUUUGUUACUACCAGAAUCUCGUGCAGCCAUUGCAAAGUACGAUGAGUAUUUACAGAAGAAGGCUGAGGUAGCCUCUGAGGAGGCCCUCAAGGCUUUUGAUCCCAACCCUGAAAAACUAGCUGACGACCUCAACUAUCAAGUUAGCGAGGCUGCACGCAAAAUGGUCCUCUAGCUUUUUGAACCUUUCAGCGACGAUAAUCGUCGCCUAGAGAAGAAAAGAGCGUAGUCGUUGCCCCUAGGCAACAACAACGCCCAUUUUUUCUUGGC